AUGGCCAUUCAAUAUCUUAUUUUGCUGUCCCGACAGGGCAAAGUGCGCCUCGCCAAGUGGUUUACCACACUGUCCCCAAAGGACAAGGCCAAGAUUGUCAAGGAUGUGUCCCAGCUGGUCCUUGCCCGCCGAACGCGCAUGUGCAACUUCCUCGAGUAUAAAGACACCAAAAUCGUGUACCGUCGAUAUGCCUCGUUAUUCUUCAUUGCUGGAUGUUCGUCAGACGAUAACGAGUUGAUUACUCUCGAAAUUAUUCAUCGCUAUGUCGAACAAAUGGACAAGUACUACGGCAAUGUCUGCGAGCUAGACAUUAUCUUCUCCUUCACCAAGGCUUACUAUAUACUCGACGAGCUGCUACUCGCUGGCGAGCUUCAAGAAAGCAGCAAGAAAAACGUUUUGCGAUGCAUAGGGCAGCAGGACUCCCUUGAAGACAUGGAGUAUCUGCCGGUUCAGGACUUUGAAGCCGUCACAGGCGCGCUCAACUUCAACACUCCCGAUUGCAAUGUCACUGGCGGCUGCGACUUAUACACCACCAAGUCGACCGGCUCCGACAAGAAACUAUACAAAAACAUUGAUAAGGACCUAAACUCACAACAUGCGGCUCUGUUGAAACUCGGCGCAAGUUUAUCACCGCCUGAUCGCGAGCACAUGCUUGCCACCUCACCGAGCAUGCAACUAUUUUCGACAUCAAGCGCAUUCGGGCCACUAUCGGAACUGUCAAGCAGAAGGACAUUUGCUUAUUUAAUUGCAACACUAAACGCGAGUCACCCACACUACGACUUUUCACACGUUUUGCGGCCAAAUGACUUCAAGCGAGAGCGAAAUUUGCGCCGAGUUAUGGCCAACCUCGAUUCUAUCCUGCAAAACGUACGGCCCGGAUUCGAGGCGACAUCAUUUGACUCGUCUUUAGGAAGCGAUCUGAACUCAGUCUGGGGCACACAAUGCUGGUCGUUAAUAGACAAAGAGAUGCGCCUUAACGAGUGCACUAUUUUUAGUUACCAACCGGACCCUGAUCCGUUUGAGGAGGACGAGAGUGCCAUCUGGGCGGUCCAUUAUUUCUUUUUCAAUAGGGCUCUGAAACGAGUUGCAUAUCUCUAUGUCCGUGUCGUUCCCGUUGUCUCAUCGAACAGUCCGACGCUACGACCCAUGCGAGUUGGCCAAGCAAAGAGAAACACCGAUUUUGACGAAGAAGGCGCCACAAAGCGAGCCACGUACUGGCUGGGUGACAGGCAUGUCGAGCUGGUCAAUUCUUAUGACGAUGAAGACGACCAAAUGGACGAUGGGCUCUAUUGGAAUCGAGGAGAAGACGGCGACUUGGUUCCGUACUCAGACGAUGAAUAUUUCGACGAGGAAGAAGAAGAUGACGACCUAGAGGACGACACACACAUGCUUGACAAGGAGCGACUGAUGAGCGAAGAUGUCGCUGGACGAAUGGAGAUUUAA